GAGAGAGAGAGAGAGAGAGAGAGAGAGAGAGAGAGAGAGAGAGAGAGAGAGAGGGAGCAGCGGAUGGUGGAUGUGAGCACAGACAGUCAGAAUGCGUGAAUACAAACUGGUUGUUUUAGGAUCAGGAGGAGUCGGGAAGUCGGCGCUGACUGUCCAGUUUGUUCAGGGAAUCUUUGUGGAAAAAUACGACCCGACGAUAGAGGACUCGUACAGGAAGCAAGUGGAGGUCGAUGGACAACAGUGUAUGUUGGAGAUCCUGGACACAGCAGGAACAGAGCAGUUCACGGCGAUGAGAGACCUGUACAUGAAGAACGGUCAGGGCUUUGCUCUGGUUUACUCCAUCACAGCUCAGUCCACUUUCAACGACCUCCAGGACCUCAGAGAGCAGAUCCUCAGAGUGAAGGACACCGAGGACGUUCCUAUGAUCCUGGUCGGAAACAAGUGCGACCUGGAGGUGGAGCGUGUGGUGGCCAAAGAGUCGGGCAUCGGCCUCGCCCGCCAGUGGAACUCCUGCGCCUUCCUGGAGACCUCGGCCAAGAGCAAGAUCAACGUCAACGAGAUCUUCUACGACCUUGUGCGACAGAUUAACAGGAAGAGUCCAGUUCCAGGAAAAACUCGCAAAAAGUCCACCUGUCAGCUUCUCUAAUGACAGUUUUCUGCUCACCUGACCGACAACCAACCAACCAACCAACCAAUCACAGGACAUCUUCCAGCUGGUCACACCCCUUUAACAUAACCAUGUCAUCAUCAACAUCAGCCACCUCCGACCUCUGUUUCCAUGACGACCACAUCUCCCUUCUCCUCACCACACUGUUUAACGGAGACAGUUGCCGUGGCUACAUUAAGACCAAACAUCCAGAAACGGCGACGGCGAUGAUGAUGACAAUGAAGAUGUUAUUACAGGAAUUAGAAACCAACUGCCCAAAUUUAAACUACAGUUCCCAUCAUGCUCUCUGCUUGGUCAUUUUGCGCUGGGGAGGGGCUUCUUGCUUUUUAUGUUUAGAUGUUUCUUUCCUUUGUUUUCCUUCCUUCUCACUUUCCAGCAGAACAGAGCCGCUCACACACAGCUUGACCACUGUCAGCCAUGUUGCCGCCGCGGUUACCGUGUUGCUGUUGCGUGUAACAUGGCUGACUCUAUUUGUGCGUCUCUGGUUGAACCUGUGGAUCCACACAGUGAUUAUUAUUAUUAUUAGUUAUAAUUAUAAUUAUGUGUGAAAGGGUAUAAGAUUAAUUUCAUGUUUUUUACUUUGGGGUGGGGGUCGGGGGGGUUGGGCGUGCAGCAGGUCGGCGUUGGCUCAACGCGUUGGUAACUUUAAGCUAACUUCAGUGACCACUAUGACUCAACUUGUAAAAGGGAUUGCUAAAUAUGCUAAUACACGGUUUGCCACAUUUUGGCUUUGUUAGCAUAUUGUUAAAGAAAUGAAUGAGCUUGUUAGCCGAGCAGCUAUUUCAUUGUAUUGCCUUUUGUGGUGUGAUAGCAUUAUUAGGAUACCCCCCCAAAAAUUAUCGUAGCUGCCGGUCAUGGGCUGUGGCGAAUGCUACCAAAAUGAAUACACCAUGUAGUGCUAGCGUUGUUAGCAUAGUUUUAAAAAGAAUUUAACGUGUACUUUGGAAUACCCUGUUAUGUCAGGGAAUGCUAAUAUUUCUAUUUCAAUAUGAGAUCAAAAUGAGCUGGUUCAUUAGCCACUGGAUGCUAACAAUGCUACACUUCCAAACAAACAAAUGAUAGUAGCUGCAGGCUAGCUGGUUAGCAACACGGUGAGCUGACUUCAGAUCUGCUGCUCGGGGCGGACAUGUUGCCUUUCGACAGCAGACUCACACUGGUCCAGUACCUUAGCUCUGUGUGUGUUUGUGAGUGUGUGUUUUGUGUGUUUGUGAGUGUAAGUGAGUAACAGUGAUGAACUAGGCCAGUUUGUGUAACGACCACUGGCCCGACAUGGAGGAGGAGGGGUUGUGUUUCCUGAGCAGGACAGACAGAGUGUUGUUUCUGUGUUAUUAACCAUAUUAUUACCUGAUUAUUAAUAUUAUUAACACAUCUGAGAGGGAAACACUGAGUAACCGCUCGAAGGUCCUGCUGGUCAACGCUCCCUUAACUGAUGGGAAUAUGGAACUGUCCCAACGUGAUCAGGAAGACGUUUGGGUCGGUCCUUCAUGUUGCAUGUGCGAUCAGGCGGUGCAGCAAGUUUUUUUAUGCACAUUUUCGAUUUGUAUGAAAGCCCUGAUGGAAACACCCGAAAAUGAAAUCUGGACACUUUGCAAAAAAAAACAUUGGCUUGGCUGAGGUGGAAAAGUUAUGCCUGGCUAAUUAGAAAAUUAUCACCACCAGCGUUUUUUCUUGAUAAUCCUACUUUGAAUUUUCACGGAUCGGGACAAAAUGAACAAAUUAGCAUUUUCUUUAGCCAGUUUUCAUGAAAUCUGGCUAAAGUGUUUGCUACAUUUAGAUGGAAACCGGACGAUAUAUCUCGUUAUCGUAGAAUACCGCGGAUACAGUUUUUGACAUCAGUGUUCUCCAAAGUUAAAAGAGUUGAGCUAAAACCUCAGCGUCUCUUUAAAACAGUAUCACAGCUGAAGUUGAAAGGGGGCUGGCCUUGUAGUUGAAGCCCCGCCUCAAGCGGACAGAGGGCGUGGUCAGUGAAGCAGCAGCCAGAGAAAGCCUUUGAAAACUCUGUCUUCUGUUUGAAAUGUGAGUUCAGAUUACAGAUAGCGUGUGUUGGACCAGUGACCUCUGUGAGUACUGCUGUGCACAGUGUUGUACCACCAGGAGAACUGCUGUCAGUAUUCUGGUUCUCCCCCAGUACGUUCAGUCAUGUAGCAUGUUGAUGUUUCUGUCAGUUCUCGGUCUGACCUCCGGGAGGUGCUGCGACAGUUUGCAUGCCGAGCAGAAGCUUUCAAGAGAAAAGUCUUAUUUGCAGCCGAGACGGUGCAAUCCGGCUAAUUCCAGUGUUGGCAGAGUUAUUGUAAUGUGCAGUUAAAGUAAAACCGAUAGGAAUGCCAGUGUUUUGAUCACUGCCGAAUGAUUCCCACGGAGAAGUUAGGGGAAUUGAAAACACCUUUCUGAUAAAGCAUAAAUUACAUCUUUGCGUGGCUUGUCUACGUUGUAUUUCGAGUAUGGUGUUUCUUUGCUGUAUUCUUGUAUGUCAAGCCAUAAAGUCUCAUUACUGCCCCUUGUGGAUAGAUGGCAGAAAACUCCCACUGCAUCUACAGUAGUGUGUUUUUCUCCAGGCCACCAGGGGCAGUAAUGAGCCGGUUCCAUACUCAAACAGUAACUUGGACGAGCCACAUGAAGGUGAAAGUUAUGGUUCGGACAUCUUUUCAAAUAAUUUUUUUUUCUGGUUUUGUAACAGAUGAAGAACUUGUUUGUUUGAUAAAUGCAAAGGUUUCCGGGUACAUUUUAUUUGAACCUAUUUUUAGCAUUUAUAAACAGUAUAUAAACACUGUAAAGAGAUGAGGAUAUUUUAAUGUUUAUUAAUCCGUUUAACAACAUUUAGAAUUUCUCCUGCAAAGUUUCUACAACUGCUGUACAAACAGUUAUAAGUAUAUUAAAAUAUUCUAAUUAUAUUAACCCAUGCAGCCUAAGCGCUGUUUAUGAAUGCUAAACACGUGCAGUUUAAAUGAAACGUACCCACAGUGGACGACACAUUCCCAAACAGGUUUCGCGUGAUUAGCGCUCCUGUGAUGUGAGAGCUCACUUUGCUCCUUGGCUGAACAGCCAAUCAGAUCUUAGCGUGGCUGCAGCUGCGAUCAGCCCCUUCAGCCCCAUAGAAGCUACAUUCAUCGUGAAAGUUGUAGAAAUGUAUCACUGGACGACUUGUCCUCGACUUCUAAUCCUAACGUCCCGACAUGCUUCACAGUAGCUAGGUUACACUAUGAGGAGCAUUUUGGACAUUUUUAACCAGAAGACCUUUGUGGUGUUCACAUGAAAAUUAACCGAUGUAGAAUAGGCCUGAGGCUACAACUUUGCCCGUAAUUUCACGGUCCUGCCGUUGCUGCUUAAAUUGGGUGUGAUAGUUUUAAAGUUGCGAAACUUGUUAGAUUCUGUUGAAAAUAAUUUGACGAGCACUUCUGAGGCCUUGUUUUCCUCUGCUUCCAGGCUUUGUGCUAAGCUAGGCUAAACACAUUCAGGACCUUCUCUGUGCUGGACUCAGAUUAAACUAGUCAAAGAGAUUCUCAAAGUGUCCGACUCUCUUAUGUAGCUGCAGCAUCGAGGUGGCGAUCGCAGCUGCAGCCACUCAGAACGAUUCAUUCACGAAAAGAAGAAAUGAUUAUUGUUCAUCACUGAAAUGAAUCUGCUUUUUUUCCUCUGUACGGCAUGAUGACCAGUGAAAUGUAAAAGAAACCAGUUCAACCACUGAAACAUCAGGUUCAAAAUCCCACGUCCACUCCGCUGAAUCUUUUCACUUCAGCCGAGUGGACGAUUUCCGGACCUGGUAUCAACCUGGUUUGAUUCCAGUCCGGACCAGGUCUCAACCUGGUCUGGACCUGGACCUGGUCUGAAGUGGUUUCUUCCAGAACAGCAUCAGGAGGUCGGGAGGGGGAGUGAGGGAGGAGGAGGGUGAAGCCAAAUGUAAAGUUAAAACUAAAAAGCCUUAAAUGAAUAAAAGUGGUGCAAUUUUGUAACA